CACACACACACACACACACCAUUACAGUGGAAUCUGCCCUGCUUGGAUAUUCCACUCUGCGUUGCGGUUCAAGAGAUUUAGAAGCAGGCAAAUACACUCAGAUACAGACAGAACAGAGGAGGAUUCAGUAGGAGAUCAACUGAAAAGGGAUAUACUCUCCAAUCCUCAUUCUUUCUGAUGUGUAAUGAGAUGUCUGCAGCCAGCCAGCCAGCCUGUGUGCCGUGCAGCAGUAGCAGCAGCAGCAGAGACGAAAGGAGCAGGGAGAAACACGUACAGUACAGCAGCUAGAGGCAAAAUGGCUUUCACAGCCUGCUGAGGGAGUGUGCUGUGCAUAGAACCUUCUCCUGGUGAUCUGGACUCUAACAGGGAUCGAAGAAGGGAAGAGCUUGCUUCUCAAGCGUUCUAGAUCAGAGGAGAUCAGCUCCAAUGAGUGUACUUGCAGCAGCACAGAAAGCAGACAACAACAGUGAAAUGCAGUCGCCUGCAGUGUCUCCUUCCUUCCUCCCCAGCCAGCCAGGAAAGAUUCCCGGCAGGAAGAGAGGGAGACCCCCACUUCAUCGCAAGAUGGAUUUUCCAACCCACUACCCUGAUUCCCUUCCUCCUCUCAAAGUUCCCAAGAAGAGGGGGAGAAAGCCUGGCUUCAAGCUGAAGCCCAGGAUGGUGAUGACUCCCCUGGCCAUCUCACCUCCCAGCAGCACCCCAGAACCAGACAUGAGCUCCAUCCCCCAGGAUGCUGCGACCAUCCCCCACUCUGCCACGCCCCAGGUGCUCACAGUGUGUAUCUACAUCAACAAGCAAGCCAACAUGGGUCCUAACCUGGAUAGGAAGAAGCUGCAGCAGCUCCCAGAUCAUUUUGGACCUGACAGGCCUUCCGUGGUGCUGCAGCAGGCUGUCCAGGGGUGCAUCGACAGUGCCUUCCAGCAGAAAGCUGUGUUCACUCUCCUCACACAGGGCUACGGAGGAGAGAAAAUAUCAGCCACCUUCGAUGGGAAGCAGCACCUUCUGAGUCUGCCUGUGGUCAACAGCGUCGGCUACGUGCUACGCUUCCUCAAGAAGCUCUGUCGUAGUUUACACUGUGAAAACCUCUUCAGCGACCAACCAAUCACCCAGCAUAAUGCCUCCUACCAAUCAGAGGCUGAAACCUCCAUGCCAGAGGAGUACCUUCUGGACCCGUCAGACAAACGCUACUCAAUGGACCCAGGUGACUCCGCCUUUAGUGCCAUAAGCUCCUCCUACUCAUCCAAACCGUCCUAUGGGUUUCGCUCCUCGCAGCAAUUCCCCAACAGCUCCUCCCCCAUGGGCAUGUGUAGACAGACGUCUAGUCCAAAUACUUUCCUGGAAGGUAACAGGACAGCGUACAAUCCAUCUCAGGACUCCCAGGAAUCCAAGGUGCCCCCCAGUAAGGACCCUUCCACCUGGAGUGUAGAGGACGUGGUGUGGUUCAUCAGAGACGCUGACCCCCAUUCCCUGGGCCCUCAUGUCGACAUAUUCAGGAAGCAUGAGAUAGACGGCAACGCGUUGUUACUUCUAAAGAGUGAGAUGAUCAUGAAGUACCUAGGACUGAAGCUGGGACCAGCCCUGAAGCUCUGCUAUCACAUCGACAAACUAAAACAAAACAAGUUCUGAAUCUGAACAUUUUUUCACUUCAUCAAUCUGUGGGACCCAACUUUGUGCUAUAUUUUACUAAUUAUUUAGCAUUUUCAGAUGCUAUGUAGCUGAUGAAAAAAAAUGUAUUCUGACAGAAUACAACGUUUUGGGAUAUUCUAGUUUUGAUGUUGAAAUAACUUUUUGGUUUAUACAGAUGACACAAUAUGCAAAUUCUGGAAUGCAUAACUGAUACACUGGCAGACAAUAUUGGGAAAAGUAGACUAUAUUACUUUGAGGAUACAGUUGUCCCAUAAAUUAGUUUAUAAUGUGCCCAAAGCAUAUAGCAAGUCACAUUUAUGAUCUGUUGAGAAGUGUGAAUUAUUUUAGAUAAACUAUUAUUUAUACUUGGUCUUCGAAAAACGUAGUUAAGGCCUCACAAAUGUGUGAUAAACAGAUAAAAAUGGUCCCAUAUUGUUUUGAUUCUAUACCCUCACAAAAGUUAUUUGAAUGUGUCAUAGGGUUGAAGAUACAGUUUCACAUAAUGGUUUUUCAAGCUCUAUACACAUCAAUGUAAACUCAUAUUGUGAAGCAUGCGAUUAGAAACAGGAAUUUAAGCCCAUGUUAAACAUUAUUAAACUGUUGUUGUUUUUUUACACAAAAUAAUGUAAACUAAACUCAGUGCAGAAAUAAAAAAUGACUUUGCAUAUUGUUUUACAUACUAUUUUGAUAGAAUUGUCAACCAACAAAAAAAACACGUUUGCGCUCAAAUACAUGACAAUGAGCCAUUUCUAGUUGAAUAUACCAGAUUGUCAAAUAAUUAUCAUCGCCAAGACGCCUCACAAAUUCAUUGAAACUCGAUUGUGUGGAUAUUUACUAUAUACAUGUUUUACUAUGUUAUCAUUCUGGAAACAGAUUUGGAGAGCAUAAGGGAUGACAACACUCACCGGGGAAAAAUGUCUAAGGACCUACAGUAUUGGGUUAUGAGGCCAUAUAGCAUUGCUUGUGUGUGCCAGUUUGGCAGUAUGUGUACAUUUUAGGAACCAAUGUAUGUGAAUGCUGCUGUAUAUUGAUUACAUGUUAGCCAUGCCAAGUCAAAUCAAGCUGGGACGAUGUCUUUUAUUUUGAAAAUCAUGUUGGAAAGAUGUACUGUAAGUCAGAGAAUGACCAAUGUGUGGAUGAGUUUAUUUGUACUGGUGCUAAAGAAAUUCUCAAUGUAUUGAAUAUCUCAUGUUUGCUUUUGUGUUGUGAGUUUUAAAUGGAAAACACUCAAAUGUGUGUAUUUAACCUGGCUGUGUAUCCUAAGUAUUAAAUUAAGAAAAUAUUAAGGGGACAAGGUAUGGUUUGAGGAGCAUCUUUCUUUGUGAUAUCAACCAAUUUACGGAAUGAAAUGAUGCUUAGGAUUCAUGGAAAAAUGAGAAUUAAAGAUACCAAAUGUGUCCACAUGGUGACACAAUCAUAUGUUAAUUCAGAUAGUUCUGCUCCCUCCUGAUGCAACAUUAUUUAUUACAAGCUACUUCAGUAUAUUUGAAUUAGUCAAACAGUAUAUAUAGCCUAUCCUUUUUUUACAGCCAUGUUUGCAUUGGAAGUUAGGCUACAUAGGCUACAUGCAGAAAUCGUUGCAAAUGUAGAAUAGGGCAACAUGCCUUACUGCAGUAGGCUUUGCAGGGGCAUAAGUGGUAAGUGGUAUAAUCUGAUUGAAUAUAACUGUUAAAGUGUAAAUAUUUACUUAAUAUUCCAUUAUGAUGCAUAGCCCUUCAACAAAACCAAAUAAAAGCCCCCAGGGUAAAAACACA